GUUGUGUGUAUUAUGGAUUUUCCACGACAUUACUGGGCAUAACUCAAAUAUCUUUACUCGCAACAAUAGCUCUAGACAGAUACCUCGUUAUUGUUAGACCGACACACAACACCAUCGGUAUGAACAAAGCAGUUAUCAUGGUUAUCAUGGUUAUGUGUUGCUAUGGUUAUGGAUUUUUAUGGGCAGUUUUACCAGCAAUUGGUUGGAGUUCUUAUCAAUUGGAGGGCAUUCGACUUAGAUGUGCCAUAAAUUGGAGAAGCAAAAGGCCAUUAGAUUUAUCAUACUCGAUGUCCAUACUGGUAUUAGUGUGGGUUGUUCCCCUUGGAGUGAUACUAUUCUGCUAUAGAGGUAUAUGUACCUUGAUAUACCGAGAAAGAGAAAAACCCCUAAGAGCAAUGAUGAGGAAGGGAAAAUCCACCAAACACCGACGUCGAGAACAACGUGUGGCAAUUACAGUUCUCCUUAUGAUUGGUGCUUUCUUUUUGAGCUGGACUCCAUACUCUAUUGUUACCAUAAUCGUGAUAUUCGGAAAACUAGAUGAUGUGCCAGUCUCUGUUAUUAUGAUUCCAACAUUAAUGGCGAAAUCAUCAAUCAUUUGGAACCCAUUAAUUUAUGUGGUUAGACAUAAUGAAUUCCGGAAAGCGUGCGUGCGACACGUGCCGUGUAUAUCAUGGAUCAAAAAUGUGUUCAUUUUGUCACCAUCUGCGACGAAUAAUACUUCGAAUUUU